CUGAUGGCGAGGAGAACGCUGGCAGAGCGGAGGGACAGAGCGCGAGUGCAAGGAGUGCAUGCACGCACGCAGCUGCAAGCAGCGCUCGAGUUGAGUGUUGUAUUCCUCUCCUGUCGCUGUGAAUAAGCGUCGCCGUGAAUAAGUCUACUGGGCAAUUUAAAACUUCUCUAUCAGUACCAGGAAUUCUAAAUAGCGCGGGGCAUAUUUAAUGUCUGUGAUGCAGUCAUUUCAAAUUAAUUUCGACAACCCGCAGUGUACGUAUUUCGGUGGAGAAAUGGUGACUGGACGUCUGCACAUUCGCUUAGACCGCUCUACUCGUACGAGAGGUAUAGAACUUAAAUUCCGAGGUGAAGCUCGAGUUUACUGGGAGAAAAAGAUCAAGGAAAAAGAUGAAGAAGGAAAUUCUUUGAUGAGUAUUGAAGAACACACAUCCCAUGAGUUAUAUUUUGAUACUCCAUUUUAUGUUUUGGGCGGGCCGUAUAUUCUGCUGCAGCCAGGAGAACACAUAUACAACUUCAACAUGCAACUUCCAUCAGUACUUCCAUCAUCAUUCGAAGGAAAAUUAGGUUACAUACGAUAUACGUUGCUAGCUACUCUGAUUCAGGAUAUGCACGCCAACAUGGUGGCUAAGUCUGCCUUCACUGUUCUUUGUCCACUGGACCUGAACCGUGAACAAAAUGUGAAGAACCCUGUGAUGAUAUCAGAUGAUAAGUUCCUCUGCUGCUGUUGCUGCAAAUCUGGACCUAUUACUUGUGCAUUAUCAUUACCUGCAACUGGCUUUGCUCCUGGCCAGGAGAUACCUUUUAGUUUGGAAGUGGAAAAUUAUAGCAAUAGUACUGUCAGGAGUAUUCAUUUUUCUCUCAUCAAAAACGUCUCUUUCACUGUCACUCGGCCUAAGAAGGAAACAGAAACAGAAAGCACCAAAGUUGUGCAGAUGGUGCUGAAUGGUGUGGCAUCAAACGACAAAUACUCAUGGACUGAACGUUUAGAAGUUCCAUCUUUGCCACCUUCCUAUCUGAAGCACUGCACAAUCAUUGAUAUUGCAUACAGUCUUGAGGUGGAGGUUAAGAUAUCUGGUUUACAUAAAAACAUGUUCAUUCGUGUGCCAAUUGUAAUUGGGACCGUGCCUUUAGCGACACAAGCCUCCAACAGUUCAGGUGGACGUCCGGAGCAAUUUAUUCCAGCAACUGUACCCACAGCUCCUCCUGCUUAUGAAGAUUGUAUGUUGGGUGCUGUGAAUAUUCAGGAACGAGGAGAUGUUGAAAACCUUCAAGGAAACUUGAAAUUUGCUCCUCGCUAUCCUGUUUAUCGAACUCAGACGCCUUGUUAAACAUUCAAAUUGGGAACAGACCAAAGAUGAUGCCAUGAUAAAAUUCCAUUUGUAGACUAAAAAUAUUUUUUUUUAUUUUUAUGAUAAAUGUGUUAAAAAAUGAUGUAGUUUUAUAAAAAGUAUGUUAUUGCCAUGCAAAAGUGGUGAGUUUUUUAGCUAAUGUGAUUUUUGUAAUCAUUCAUUACUUUUUAUAUUGUAUACUAUGUGUUUAUUCUUUAUAUGUUCUCCAUAUUGUGUUGCGUGAAACACUUUUGGAAAUCUUAAUCUUUUAUACAAAUCUUUAAAAGAAGUAAUUUUUAAAUGGUCAUUUUAUGUAAGAGACCCACAAUAUAAAAAUAAAAAUUUUGCUUGUGAAAAAUUAAUUUUUUUAAGAUAUUCAGAAACUUUGUUACUAACAUCUUUACACUUCUGAUGCCUGAUACAAAAUGAAUUGGUGAAUGACAACUUGUAAAUCUUGAUGCUUUCUGUGUGCAGAUAAUAUUGGAUGGUAAAAUAAAUCAAUUACUAUGAUGCUAUGUUUCAAAAUUCAUAAUGUAGAAAAAAGUACAAAAUUGGGUGCUUGAGAAAAUGCCAAGAGAUUGCAAAAUAAUUUAGUUCUCAUAUAGGAAGGACAAUGCUGAUCCCCCUACAAAAGAAGUUAAUCAAUCAAGUUUAUUUUGGGCAAGAAUCUGGAAAGGGAAAUCAUACAGCAGACUUCAGUAAAAAGUUGGUCUGCAGCAGCAAAAGUGCCA